AUGCUUGGCUGGUUUAAUACUAUAAAAGAAAAGUCUAAAGAAGUUGUAUAGCUAUAUAAAAAUGAGCUUUCAAAUAUGGUUUAUUAGCUGGAUGAUGAUAUAAAAACAUUGAAAACUAACAUCAAAAAUAACAAAGAAGAAUAAUCAGAAAAAUAAGUAGAGCAGGAAAUGAGUUGUAUUAAAAGCGAAGAAAAAUUAAAUAAUGAUUAAGAAAUAUUAUAGUAAAAAAGAAAUGCUGUCGUAAGCCUUCUUAUUUUGUUAAAAGAAUAUGAAAAUAGUAUUUAGAAUAAUGAAGAUAACAUUGAGUUUUUAAAUGAGCAGAUUGAAUUUAUAGAAAAUAGCUUAUAAAGUUAUUUCGCUAAAGAUCCUAAAUAGCUUAUAAUGAUAGAGAGAGAUGAUUUCACAAACUUUCAUGUCUUUGAAGAUACAGCAAAUAUUUAGCAACAAAUUUAAAAGCUAGCUUAAACUGGUGCAAUAAAAAAUCUUCCUGCAGAUACACAAAUAUAAAAGAGAGUAUUAUAUUUUUUAAUUUAUUAGUUACAUGAAAAAAUACAAUACUCGAUCGAGCAAUAAUAACAAUCUCUUAAUGAUGUAAAGUAGUAAAUAAAUAAUCAAGCUUAAAUUGGUGAAUAAGAAGAAAGCAAUUAGUAAUUCUUAAAUGAAGAUCCUAACAUUAUAUCACAAGAUUCAAUUGAAGAAUAAGAAGAGGGAAGCAAUACAAAAAUACAAAAAAGAAAAUCUAGUUAAUAAAAGAGUAAUCAAGAUGAAGAUAACUGGGAAAUUGAUGAAAAAAUGAUAGUAAUAUGA